AUGAACGAGAAGAAUGAAUGUGUUUGUCGACCAUCAACUGGUUAUAAUGCUAUAUUCAGAAAGUGUCAGCCUUGUAGAGGUGAUUGUGAUACUUGCACUGACAACUAUGCUGUAUGUGAAGGAAGUUGCAGAGGAAAUGCUUCUAUCUCAGAUAAUUGUGGUUGUGUUGAGAACACUUACCACUGCAAUGAACAUGAUUGUUGUGAGUGUUCAAUUCUUCAUAGUCAUUGUUUAUAUUGUGAUAGUAUUAAUUGUGAACAAUGUGAGUCUGAAUAUGUUCUUAAAAAUGGAAAAUGUAAAGAAUGUCAAGAGGUAUUUCCUGGGUGUUCUUCUUGUAACAAAGGGAAGUGUAAAGGAUGUGUUGAUGGGUAUUAUAAAAAUGAAGAGUCAUGUAUUAAAUGUGCUGAUCAUUGUAUUAGUUGUAAUGAAAAUAUUUGUAACGGAUGUCAAGUUGGUUAUUAUGUAAAUGGCAGUAAGUGCGAGUCUUGUUCACCUCAUUGUAAGAGUUGCAAAAAUGAAACCUUAUGUUACUCAUGUGAAGAUUUAUAUGAAUGGGAUACAACUAAAAAUGAAUGUGUUUUAGUCGAAUCAGAUGAUGAGAGCACUAACAGUUCAAAAGAAUCAAUUGUUUCUAUUAGCUUGAUGAUAGUAGCACUUUUAUUUAUUUAA